UUCAAUUAAAAUAAACACACGUCUCCUUUAAAUCUAUUUCAGUUACGUCAUCAGAUGAACGCGGAAGUUCUUCAGCAGGUUAGAUUUGUUUACAUGUGAUCUGGACUUAAGUGUUACAGAGGCCAGUUAGCUUCACAAACACAGGCAGGGCGAGUUUCGGUUUCCUAGCAAAGUUGAUGUUGGAGCUCAGUGGAGUUCGUCGGCAUGUUUCACCGCAACAAGAUUCUUUCGCGGCGGGGAGCCUCCAGUAAUACGCCGUACCCUCCGCCACGAGCCCCCUGGUAUUUUGACUACCAACACGGAGAACCUGAAGCUGCUAACAGCUUUAAUGUUCUCAACAUAGUGGAGUUGCCUCCUUAUACAUGGCAGCCUGCAACGCCCGUCUUUGCAGCCUUACCUCCACCCCCAGCCGGUGUAAACCACGGGCGCAAGAGGCACUAUAACGAGCACAGUGCUCGUGCUGUCAAACGCCAACGCCUCAACCCGUCUCCGACCUCCUCUCCAACAUGGAUUCCUCAUAGUAACCUGGCAGUGGGAGAGCCCUCAACGUUCGCCCCAGUGGGGUCUGAACGCUUUCAUUCCAGACCUCCGAACACAGAGGUGCUCACCGAACCACAAAACCUAACGAGCCUUCGGGUCUUCGUCAAGGACAAGCUGAGCGGUCAGAUGGUGGACCUGUUUGAGGCCUGCCAGCAACAAAUUUCAGAUCUGGACAGGAAGGAGGCGUGUCGAGCUCGGCUACAAGUUGACAUCCAGAAACAAUUCCCAGAGUCGCGGUUGUACCUGACCGGAUCUUCGAUGAGUGGACUGGGUUGCCGGAGCAGCGAUGCCGACCUCUGUCUUGUGGUCACGGGAAAUAGACGCCCCCAUCCAAUGGAUGUCCUUUGUCAACUCCAAAGGGAUUUCAGGUCUCUCUCGUAUUUGGUGAGGAUUCAGCUGAUUAAAGCUAAAGUUCCCAUCCUCAAGUUCAAAGAGAGAGGCAGUUUUCUGGAGUUCGACCUGAAUGUGAACAACACGGUGGGCAUCAGAAACACAUUCCUGCUGAGAACCUACGCUUACGCCGACGUCCGGGUUAGGCCCCUGAUCCUGGUCGUGAAGAAGUGGGCGCGGCACCACCAGAUCAACGACGCCAGCAAAGGGACGCUGAGCAGCUACACGCUGGUGUUGAUGGUCCUUCACUAUCUCCAGACUCUUGAACAACCUGUCCUCCCAUCUUUUCAAAAGACUCACCCUGAGUGUUUUGAUCCGCUCAUGGACAUAGACGAGGUUCCAGACGGACCCAGACACGUCCGGCCCUAUACCUCAACAAACCAGUCGUCUCUGGGCGAGCUGCUGCUGGGCUUCCUCAGAUACUACGCCACGCGGUUCAGUUGGGACAAGCAGGUGAUCUCUGUGCGCCAGGCCACAAUUUUGCCCAAGACCAACUCUAAAGAGUGGAGAAACAAAUUCAUAUGUGUGGAAGAGCCAUUCGAGGGGAGUAAUGUUGCCAGAGCCGUCCAUGAAAAGAUUAAGUUUGAUGCCAUUAAAAAGUGCUUUUCUGAGUCGUACCAGAUGCUGAACGAGAGGAAGGACCUGGCCUCCAUCCUGGCGUUGAGAGCCAUCAUCAACGAGGAGUUGGCGAGGAGAUGAGCUGACUGGCCUUUCGAUGAAAAACAUCGGUGUUGUACAGAGGAAAGUUUCAGCAGCGCAGACUCAGAGAGAGGAGGACUGAAUGGUUUUAACGGUUGAAUGUUUUUGCCGCCACGUUUGUGCAGUUUCUGAUGCUACUGUUAUCACAGCAAAAAGACACUAAACAUCGAGUGAAGGUAAACCAGAACACAUGAAGGCAACGUCCAGUUGCUAAAAAUGGAGAAUCAGAGCAAGAUAACCGUUUUUUUUUAUAUAUAUAUAUACAGCUGCUAUUUUUUUGGUUUCCUGGAUGGAAAUGAUAUUUUCUCUCAUGUAAGAAGGGCUUAAGUGGAAGGUUUAACGUUGUCUUCUCUUCUGAGCUUAUCCUGUUUUUGCAGCAGUUCUCAGCGUCAUCCUUCUGAGUACAAUUAUUUGAAUCUGCGUUAUGCCGACGAUUUCUAUAACUUGGUGAUGUCGAAGCCUGUUUUCUAUUUUUAUAAGCCAACGUCGACAUUGUUGUGUUUUUCCUGCUAUAAGUUAAUGAUGCCCUGCGUUUUCUCCUGAGCUCUUCUGUGAUGUUUGAGGUAAAACGACCACAAAGUGCUCAUCAUCGAAACUGUUCUGGAUUUUACGGUUCUUAAGGUUGUGGCUCCUCGUGUGUGUCUUUCUCUUCCAGCUGUCGUCAAGGGUUUGAGUCUCAGAUACUUUCUAGAUUUUUUGGGACAAACACACCAGUUUACAUUUUAAAGAAUUUGAAUAUAAAUAUUUCUUGCUGUU